AUACCCUUCUUUUUAAUUUUUCUCCGGCUCCUGCAUUUCUUGCGAAGUCUACGGAGACUUAACAAACUGUUCUAAAACACCGUUUUUGGUUCCAUUCUGGUUCAGAAAAUCGUUUUGUUUGUGGGUUUUGUGACGAUUGUUAAUCAAUGGUGAAAUCUGGAGAUGAUGGGUCUCCAUCAGUCGCGCCUUUCCUUAAAAAAUGCUAUGAAAUGGUAGAUGAUGAGUCGACAAAUUCGAUAAUUUCAUGGAGCCAAAAUAGCGACACUUCUUUCGUUAUAUGGGAUAUGACUGAGUUUUCAGUUCAAUUGCUGCCUAAAUACUUCAAGCACAGUAAUUCUUCUAGCUUUAUCAGGCAGCUUAACAUCUAUGGCUUCAGAAAAAUUGAUGCAGAUCGUUGGGAAUUUGCUAAUGAUGGAUUUGUCAGAGGUCAAAAACAUUUGUUAAAGAAUAUCUGCAGAAGAAAAAAUUCUCAAAGCACAAACAAUAUAAAAUUGUUACAGCAGCAGGACAACUCGAUUGAGCCUUGUGACAAAAUUGAAAAUGAUGGGCUGUGGAAGGAAAUUGAGAAAUUGAAGACUGACAGAAAUUCAUUAAUGCAGGAAUUAGUUAAACUUAGGCAGCACCAGGAAAAUGCAAGCAAUAAGCUACUCCUCUUGAGAGAUCGUGUUCAAGGAAUGGAAAAAAAUCAGCAGCAGAUGCUGUCAUUUUUAGUUAUGGUCAUGCAAAGUCCAGGAUUUUUGGUUCAGCUGCUACACCCAAAAGAAAAUAACUGGCGGAUGGCUGAACCAGGAACUAUAAUAGAGCAAGGUGCAGAUGAAGGACAAUUAGCUGCUUCUGAUGGUAUGAUAAUACGAUACCAGCCGCCACAAGUGGAGGAGAUGCCUACACCAAUGGUUUCAGAAAUACCACAAGCAUCUAACCCUUUACCCGAUAUGAGAAAAGAUUCUUUCUUGAGCCCAGAUUUUGUGAAAUUGCUUAUGGAAGAAAAUUUAUCUUUUGAAAAUCAUGCUCCACUUGCUCUACCAGAAUUGCCAGACGAUAGUGCAUGGGAACAGUUUCUUUUAGCCACUCCUUUCUUACGGAAUAUUGAUGAUACCAAACAUGAUGGUGAAGGGCUUAUUGAUGCUGAAGAUGAAACUGAGGCAGAACCAUGUCGAACUCAGGUUGACCAGUUGGAUGGGAAUCGUUUAGAGAAGUCUGAGAACAUGGAAAUCAAUAACUGAGCAAAUGGCUCUUUUGGCGGCAGAAACCAACCUAAAAAAUGGAUUACAGUAGAAAAGCUCCUAAAAAUUGUUAUGAAGAUACUUUUGGCUGUGUCCCUGGGGCGUAUGAAUUUUUUUCAAAGCGAUAUGUUUGGUUUACUGACACGGUCUUUCUCAACACUUGCUGGGAAGAAUCGCAGGAAAACAUUCUGUUUCAUGAAAAUGAAAAUUUUGUUCCUGUUGACAUGUAUAGGAAUCUGUAGUUGAUAGUGCUAUGUGGAAAAAGAUUUAUGUGCCACGAACAUCAACUCUCUCUCUCUCUAUUAUGCAAUACUUAAUAUUCUCUCCGAUCAUGUUUGCCAUUGUUGAGCUUUCCAAGAGAUGAGAAUGUGGCAGAUUAUAAGUAGUUUUUAGUUAGUUUAAGAUAAUACGCUCCGAUGAUUUAGAUGCGCCUCUAGCAAAAGGUCUGAAUCCAUCAAACAUUUCAAUUCUUUGUAUUAAUCAUAGUUUUUUGGCUUUUAUAGUA